UGCUUCUCUUCGAUUUCUCUCUACUUCUCUUUCAUUCAUUAACCGGCGCCGUCGUGUCUUUCUGCUCCUCUCUGUUCAUCGAUUGCUUUUCUAUGUGGAAAAAAGAAACUAACGAAUUAACCUCUCUUGACUCUUCCACUGUAAAACAAUAUCCACACACCACACACACCCUAUCUUUCUGACAAGUCCACAGCAAUCUUUCAUCAAUUUUUCUCAAUUUGAUUCUCCGAUUCGAUUACACAUCGAUCCAACCUCAAUUCGUUACUCCCGACAAAAUCCGGCAUGGAUUCACCUUCACCACCAACGACAAACCCAAAGACGAAAUCUUUGGAUCCCCCGCUGCAUGCAUUCGGCUUUGAGAUCGACGAGUUAACACCACACAAAGUCACCGGUCAUCUUCAAGUCACCGAUAAGUCAUGUCAGCCGUUUAAGGUGUUACACGGCGGAGUAUCGGCGUUAAUAGCAGAGUCGCUGGCAAGUUCGGGAGCAUUCAUAGCGUCAGGAUUCAAGAGAAUCGCCGGAGUACAGCUCAGCAUCAACCACCUCAAACGGGCUGACAUCGGCGAUCUUGUUUUUGCUGAAGCCACGCCUCUCCAAGCUGGCAAAACCAUUCAGGUAUGGGAGGUGAGGCUAUGGAAGAUUGAUCCUCAUAACCCAGAAAGUAGAUUGCUUAUAUCGACAUCAAGGGUUACUCUUGUCACAAACUUGCCUGUGCCAGAUAAUGCUAAAGAUGUUGUUCAAAAUUUUAAGAAGUAUGCAAAGUUAUAAGUUAUAAGCCCC